UAGUGGCGAUACUCCGCGACCGCUGGCAGCCUAUGACAUCAGUCAGGAACGCCUAGGAUGCGGCUGCUCCUGGCCACCCUGAGAGGAGGAGGGUCCUGCCUGCUGGGAGUUAAUUAGCCUCGCGCGCGGCGAGGGGGGAGGUGCCAGUUUUCUGGGGACACUGGCGGCCACUGUGCGUCCUCCUGCCCAAGGGAGCUCCCUGAGAGUUGGAUGAAUUCUGGGUUGUUAGCUGCUGUCCUCUGGGCUCCCGGGAGCCAGUUUCUGUUGGAAAGCAGGGGGCAUCUGGCCAGCGACCAGCGGCUUGCUGAGACUCACCAUGACACUUCUGGGGUCUGAGCACUCUUUGCUGAUUAGAAGGAAGUUCCGAUCAGUCUUACAGUUACGGCUUCAACAGCGAAGGACCCAGGAGCAGCUGGCUAACCAAGGCUUAAUACCACCGCUGAAAAGUCCAACUGAAUUCCAUGACCCAAGAAAAAAUUUGGAUAGUGACAAGACUGAAGAUUCCCUGAGGCGCAAGGGCAGAAACAGGUCUGAUCGUGGCAGCCUGGUUAAUAUGCACAUUCUCCAAGCCUCCACGGCAGAAAGAUCCAUUCCAACUGCUCAGAUGAAGCUGAAAAGGGCCCGCCUCGCAGAUGACCUCAAUGAAAAGAUUGCUCUCCGCCCAGGGCCCUUGGAACUGGUGGAGAAGAACAUACUGCCUAUGGAUUCUUCAGUAAAAGAGGCUAUAAAAGGUACGGAGGUGAGUUACUCCAAAUCAGCAGACGCAUUUGCCUUUGAAGAGGACAGCAGCGAUGGGCUUUCCCCAGACCACACUCGGAGCGAAGACCCCCAGGGCUCUGUGGGAUCGCCCCCAGAUAUCAAAGCCACCGAGGCUCCUUUGGCUGGCCCUCUGGACACAAUCCAGGAUCUUGGUCCUGGUACAGAAAGUGACAAGAAUGAUGUGGCCUCCCAGCCAAGCAACCAGUCAGACGCCGGGAAGCAGGGGCUCAGCCCCCUCAGCACCCCAAUCCCUGUGCACGCUGCUGUAAAGUCCAAGUCCUUGGGUGAUAGUAAGAACCGCCACAAGAAGCCCAAGGACCCCAAACCGAAGGUGAAGAAGCUUAAAUACCACCAGUACAUCCCUCCAGACCAGAAGGCAGAGAAGUCCCCUCCGCCCAUGGACUCCGCCUAUGCCCGGCUGCUCCAGCAACAGCAGCUGUUUCUGCAGCUGCAGAUUCUCAGCCAGCAGCAGCAGCAGCAGCAGCAACAGCAGCAGCAACAGCAGCGGUUCAGCUACCCUGGGAUACACCAAACACACCUCAAGGAACCAAAUGAACAGAUGGUCAGAAAUCCGAAUUCUUCUUCAACACCAUUGAGCAAUACCCCUCUGUCCCCUGUCAAAAACAGUCUUUCUGGACAAACUGGUGUCUCCUCUCUUAAACCAGGCCCCCUUCCAGCAAACCUGGAUGAUCUCAAGGUGUCAGAGUUGAGACAACAGCUUCGAAUACGAGGCUUGCCGGUGUCGGGCACCAAGACGGCACUGGUGGACAGGCUUCGACCCUUCCAGGACUGUGCUGGCAACCCUGUGCCCAACUUCGGGGACAUCACGACUGUCACCUUCCCUGUCACGCCCAACACCUUGCCCAGUUACCAGUCCUCCCCAUCAGGCUUCUACCACUUCGGCAGCACGAGCUCCAGCCCACCCAUCUCCCCUGCUUCAUCUGACCUGUCGGCUGCGGGGUCCCUGCCGGACACCUUCACCGAUGCGUCGCCUGGCUUCGGCCUGCAUGCGUCCCCGGUGCCUACCUGCACCGAGGAGAGCCUGUUGAGCAGCCUGAAUGGGGGCUCAGGCCCCUCGGAGCCUGAUGGGCUAGACUCGGAGAAGGACAAGAUGCUGGUGGAGAAGCAAAAGGUAAUCAACCAGCUCACCUGGAAGCUGCGGCAGGAGCAGCGGCAGGUGGAAGAGCUGAGGAUGCAGCUGCAGAAGCAGAAGAGCGGCUGCGGCGACCAAAAGCCGCUGCCCUUCUUGGCCGCCACCAUCAAGCAGGAAGACGUCUCUAGCUGUCCCUUCGCAGCCCAGCAAGUGUCUGGGAAGGGACAGGGCCACAGCUCCGACAGUCCCCCUCCUGCCUGUGAGACUGCUCAGCUGCUGCCCCACUGUGUGGAGUCCUCAGGUCAAAGCCAUGUACUCUCAUCCACGUUUCUCAGCCCCCAGUGCUCCCCUCAGCACUCGCCCCUGGGGACCCUGAAGAGCCCGCAGCACAUCAGCCUGCCCCCAUCGCCCAACAACCAUUACUUCCUGGCCUCCUCCUCGGGGGCGCAGAGAGAGAGUCACGGGGUCGCCUCACCUAGCAGCAGCCAAGGGUGCGCACUGAACUCAAGUGCACACGAAGGCCAUCCUACUAGCUUUUCCCCGCCAUCUUCCAGCCUCCAUCAGCCUUUCUCUGGCAACCAAGCAGACAGCAGUCAUAGUGCUGGGCUCAACCCUUGCCCUAAAAGCCCAGUUAUUCAUCCAAAGAUGACUGGCUUGCAAUCUUCUGACAAGGUUGGACCAAAGUUUUCAAUUCCAUCCCCAACUUUUUCCAAGUCAAGUUCAGCAGUUUCAGAGAUAACCCAGCCCCCAUCCUAUGAAGAUGCAGUCAAACAGCAAAUGACUCGGAGUCAGCAGAUGGAUGAACUCCUGGAUGUCCUCAUUGAAAGUGGAGAAAUGCCUGCUGAUGCCAGGGAAGAUCAUUCAUGUCUCCAAAAAGUCCCAAAGAUACCUGGGUCCUCCCACAGCCCUACCACCAUCCUCUCCAAGCCCUCAGCUUCCUUUGAACAGGCAUCCUCAGGAGGUCAGCUCUCCUUUGACCACUAUGCCACCGACAGUGAUGAACACCUAGAAGUCUUAUUGAAUUCUCACAGCCCCAUGGGAAAAGUGAGCGAUGUUACCCUCCUUAAAAUUGGAAAUGAGGAGACUCCUUUUGAUGGAAUCAUGGAUGGCUUUCCAGGGAAGGCUGCCGAAGACCUCUUCAGUGCACACGAGCUCUUGCCUGGACCCCUCUCCCCGAUGCAUACACAGUUAUCACCCUCUUCAGUGGACAGCAGUGGUCUGCAGCUGAGCUUCACAGAAUCGCCUUGGGAAACAAUGGAAUGGCUGGACCUUACUCCUCCUAGCUCCACACCGGGCUUCAGCAACCUCACCACCAGUGGCCCCAGCAUAUUCAACAUCGAUUUCCUGGAUGUCACAGAUCUCAAUUUGAAUUCCCCCAUGGACCUCCACUUACAGCAGUGGUAAACACCUGAGGUACAAGCGUUAAGGAAGCUUGAUAGGAAUUCCAUGGGGAAAGCACACAACCAGAGAUACUGUGUGAUCCAAAAGAUAAAGGGGAAAAAGUAGGGAAGAGAAAAAAAAAAAACAGCAAUGGAGGUUUCUAUGUCAAUCAACCAGAACAAACAGGAGUCAGUCAUUAAGAUAUGUAUAAUGUAAUUUCUACAACAUUCAGUAACUGUUAAUAACUUGAGUGAUGCACUCAAAAGUGUGCUUUCUCAGGUUAAGAAUGCCAAAAAUGUCUUUCACUGCCUUUUCUAGCCCACAGUUUGUCUCAGGCAUUACUGGGACAUAGGUUCACACUACAGUUUGUCUCAGGCAUUAUUGGGGGCAUAAACUCACACUGUUAGCUUUUGUUAUGAAUUUACUAAAUGUUCUGUGGAAGGAAAAUAAAGCCUCUGGGGAGGGCAGGGUAGCCAGUCCCUCAGAGGUCCUGGAAACCAUGCCCUGGUGGAGGCAACUUCCCACGUGACCAGUGUCUAUCUGCCAGAAAAAAGUAGGGUCCAUUUCAGCUGAUAGAGUCCUUAAGGCAAAAGAAAGGGACAAAACCAGUCCAUUCCAAGAAAAGCAAAGCAACUCAGUGUCCCUCCACCCCCAAAUUGUCCCACUGGACCAGCGGUCCCUGACAACAGCUAAGUAACUAGCGUUGUUCAGAGAAUCCAUCCAGAACAUGUUACUUUGUAACCUGUAGCCUAAUUGUUUCUGACAUAUCUAUGCUCAUCAGUGAUGUAUAGAAAGUGAGAAACCUGAAUCAAAAAAACUUCAUGCCAUGGACAUGGAGGCUCUGAAAUAUAACUACCUCUAGUUCCAAAGACUAGAAGUAAAAUAAUCAGAAAGGCAAAGGGAGGCCCAGGAAGUCAUACUGGGACAAGUUAGAAUUAGAGAACAAUGUCAUUUCACCUUCUGGGAGAGAAAUACCAUGGAUUUCUAUUACAGGACUAAUAUACAGGGCCAACUUCUUCUCUUCCUUCUUCUCUUCCUCCUCUUUCUUUUCUUUUUGUAUUAUGGACAGAGGAAGUUCACCUCAGUUUAUCUUCACCUCAGUUUAUCACCCUCUCACUACUUUCCUUUCAAGGGAUCAAACCUUUAUGGCUCUUUUGGUUUUGAUGAUCUCUCUUUCUGUCUCUCUGUCUCUCUCUGUCUCUCUCUCUUUCUCUUCUUUCUCCUACACACUGGGAAAGAUGAGAUUCUCAGCUAUCACAAGUUGCAAUACUCCUAUUAAAGCCUUUCCUCUUUUUUUUUUUUUAGAACAUUUAAGAGUCCAAACUCUCUUGCCAAACUCGUUCUUCACACGCACAUUGGCUGCAAACAGAAUUCACAAGUAUUUCCUUAGGAAGAAACUGGGGAUGUGGCCCAUUGGUCACAGAGCUUGUUUUAUUCUUGUUUGAUUUAUGGACAAUCUUUGGUUUGUGUUGCUCUGGGGAAAUUGGAAAUCAUUAGAGAGUGAAGAUAAAUCAGGGUGACAUCUACGGGGGAGAGCAGUUCAGUCAGGUUUCCAAAGGAAAGCGUGCUUGCACAUUGAAAACAAUGGGAGGCUGAAAGGCCAUAGUCUUUCAGUAGCUCUUCGCGGCCCCUGUGUUUGGUCAGGGCCCAGGGGAGACAGAGGAAGGCAACACAGAUUGCAAGAGUCUCUUCCCAGGCUCGCUGUGGCACCAAUUCUAGUAGUUACAGUGUUGCAUGCUGUAGAAAGUAGCUGUUGCUGUUUUUUGUUUUGUUUUAAUUUAAAUCACACAGGCACUGUUUUCUUUUGUAAAAAAAAAA